AUGACCAUGAAGGGGACUCAAUCUGAACAAGAUUCUCGCGCCGUGAUUAUCGAGGAUUAUCGCUUACCUUACAACUUUGGGUCGAGUGGGAAGGAGUGCGGAGCUUGCGGCCACCUCCACUGGGGGAGUUUGGCCACUUCAGCCCAAUCAGUUGUCGAGACGAAGAGGUCGCCUGGUCAUCAGACAUCGGCGGGAGUCGAACCUACUCAUCCUACGGAUUCUUCGAAAGGUGUUGAGCGUCGCGUUGUGAUGGUUGAGAGUGCUCAGGACGUUCGGCACGUGGUUUCAACGGGCAGUCGUGCCUCCACGUAA